AUGCUGCCCAGCGCCCUGUACUGGGACCUGGUGGGCUCCUCGGCGCUGCUCAACCUGCCGGCGGCGCCGGGCUUCGGCAGCCUGGGCAAAAGUUUCCUCAUCGAGAACUUGCUGCGGGCCGGCGCGCCGCAGAGCGCGGCCCAGCCGCGUCCCCUGCCCGCCAGCCCCGUGCCCCUCAAGCUGUGCCCCGCGGCGGAGCCCCUCAGCCCCUCGGGCGGCCCCUUCCCCACCCGAUGGGCCUUCCAAGUGCUCAACCCCUCCGCGGCGGACGGCGGCCGUCUGCCCGCGCGGGCUGCGGCGGCGGACAGAGGCGACGUCUUUCCGCCGGCGGCCACAGCUCUUUCCAAACACUUUUUUCUCCGAGCCCCGCCAUUCUACUCAGCAUGCUGCGGUGGGUCCUGUCAGCACCCUGCAUCCCCCACUGCUUUUCCAAGAGAGGAAAGUGUCCUGCCUCUUCUGACCCAGGAGUCUAACUCCAAAGCCCGGAGAGGUAUAUUAAGAAGAGCUGUCUUUUCUGAAGAGCAGAGGAAAGCUUUGGAGAAAAUGUUUCAGAAACAGAAGUAUAUCAGUAAAACAGACAGGAAGAAACUGGCCAUUAACCUGGGUCUAAAGGAGUCACAGGUGAAAAUUUGGUUUCAGAACCGAAGGAUGAAAUGGCGAAACUCCAAAGAAAAAGAAGUGCUUUCAAACAGGUGCCUCCAAGAAGAGAGUCUUCAGGAGAACUACCUCUCAAGAUCCACCGUGAAUUUUACCUCCCCAUGCCCUUCUGUGUGGGAAGUGUCUCAGGAGCAGGCAAGUACAAGGUGGAGGGAGAAUUCUUCAGGAACUUCCGAAAGACUGAUUAGUACACAACCACCUCCAAGAGCAAAUUCAUCACAGAGCCCACUGUAUUUGUAUCCUGACCAAGACACUGCAAAUAAGGCAGUUACAUCAUCAGUCUAAGAAAAUAAGAGGCAGUCUGUAAACUGAGUGAAGAGCACAGGCUUCAGAUGGGUGGUCUUCUAAGACUAACAGUAUUGGGACACUGUAAAGCUAACUAGUUUAUGCCUCAUCAAUUUUCUAAAGUCUAACACCAUUAAAAUGACAAACAACUAAUGAUUUAAGAAAUAUUCUUGAAUACUCAGUCUUUUCUUCUGUCUUUUCCAGUCUUGUACUGACCUUAAAAGUGAAAUAGGAACUGAUGGUAAGUAAAAUGAAGUGAAGAGCAUGGAGCUGAAAUUUUGCUCUGAUUUAUACAUCUGUGCUGUAUAUAGAUACUCAUUUAAAACAGACUGAUAGAGACUCACUUUUAUCUCUCAUUGCAGUCAGACCAAUUAAUUUCUUUUGUGCACAAGAAUAACCCUGUCUCCUCCAAGAUAAGAAGUUGCUUUGGGUGUUUUUUUGAAAUUGAUAAGAUGACACAAUAGGUUCAUGUUAGAUGAACAUAAAAAUUUUUAGUAUAUUUUCUCCAUCUGUCUUCACUUAGAUCAUUAUCCAGUUAGUUCUAAAUAGCAUGGCCACAAGUCAGCUGAUUACCCUAAUAAAAUUGCAGUAUUAAAAGACAACCAACCAACACUAAUAAAAUAUCCUGCAUUUAAAUCACUUUGAUUUGAAUGUAUACUGAGAACUGCAAUUCACCAACUCCUUUCUUUUCUCCUGUGAAUGAAACUUACAGCAUUCUUAACUCUGAAUUUCAGUGGCUUGUGUCAGAUUAUUAGUGCAAUCUCUUGUAUUCUGUUCUGAAUUUCAAAAUUGCGACAGCAAUAUGCAGAAUUAUAGCCCAAAUGGAAUAAGCAACAGAACUAUGAUUGGACACAUUGCCACCAUAGCCCUCUCAGAGAAGAACUUGAAGAGAUGCCAUGCCGUAAUAGUCUUAUUCUUGACUUACUCCUAUUUAAACUGGUGCCAAUAAGUGCAUAUGAGUAUAUUUCUGUAUCAAAGACAGGGCAGUAUGUAAUACAAGUAGCCUGAAAUAAUAUUAUUAAAAUUGCUUCACUUGAAAUGAUUUGCUUGCUUCAUCCAUUCAUUCCCAUUUCAAAAUGGGAAUAUAAAAUGUUUUUUAUCAUACUUUCGUGAAUGCAUUUGUUGAGGAGAAAGACUGGAAGUAUUUCAAGUUACAGGCAAAACCUUUUGAAGAACAUUUAGGUUUUAUAAGAACUAUUUCAUUUCUGUCAGAUUCCUGUAUUUUAUAGCCAGAAGAGAUUAUGAUGAUGAUCUAGUCUGGUCUUCCUCAUCAUGCAUGCCAUGUUUCUAAUUAUUUUUGCCUUGAGCUCCAUAGCUUUUUGAACUAUAUCAUGGUCUUUCAAAAAGCCAUACAAUUUUUAUUUAAAGUCUUACCUUUGGAAGAUGAUCUACGAUCUCCCAAAUAAUACAACAUAUCAAGGGGAAUAAAGUUAGAUACAUUUGCAGAUGAGGAACUUGAGACUGCAGUGACAGAUGCAUAUCAUAACAAUAUGCAUGAUCAGGCAAAUUUUGUAUCCCAGCCUGUGCACGUCCUGCCUUUCAGUGCUCAGCUGUGCAGCCCUAAUCUUGCACUAAUGUCAUUCUUUGCAUGUAGAUUCUUAGGCUUGCUUUAAAGAAAAAAAGAAAUUACAGAAAAAUUAAGAAAUCAUCUGUUCCCCCAGUUAGAAACCCUGGUUAGCACAAGCUACCUAGAUACCUACCUACCCUCAGAGAGCUCUUGAACACAUUUAGUAAGCCAUAUUUUAUAUGCUCUUUACUCACGUGAGGAGAAAUUUAUUCCUAUCCUGCAGUAGAAACCCCAGAACCUGACCAUAUUCUGCAUAAGACCUUUUCGAGAGGGAUGGAUAGAUGGACUGCUUAACACAUGUGGAUGAAUUUACCUUCUGAUUGUCCUGUUGAAAUCAGAGAGACUAGUCUAACAGAGCAGGACUGUCUGAAGGAUUAGCAAGAGUUAGUGGCCCAGAUUCAUCUGCAACAGCAUCUGCUAGCAUCUGCCUACCAUGAAAGGCAUGCAGAGAUUUCUAAAUUAUCAUCAAAUGAUUGAAUAGAGAGAUGGGGAGGAGGAUAUUCAUCAGUGCUUCCUAUUUUGGAGAGAAACAGUGCAUGCUUGGGGCGAUAUGGGGUUUUACAGUCUCACCUUCCAGGUAUAAGUGUGAAGCCCUGGAAGGGAGAGUUUUCACAGCCACUCGUAUUCUUUUACUAAGCCUGUCGUGCCACAACCCAGUCGAGUGGCAGUGUUAGCAGCAGCACUGAUGGAUGGGAUUCAGGAUGCUCACUAUGAAAGUCUUUCAGUUGAUGAUGCUGUUGCAAGCACUGAAUGUGAGCUACUAUAAAAACUGAUGUGCUAAACAGAUCACAUUUGAAGAACCUCUCAGUGAGGCAAAGAUAAAGCAAGGCUCAUGCAGAACUGGAUUCACAGUUACAUUGUUAUACGUUUUAAAUUGAGCAAGUUCUAGUUUCACGGUGGCCUAUUUAAAGCUACACCACUUCAUGGCCCUCCAAACCUCUAACACUUCCUAUUAGAAUUCUUAUUUCGUAGCUAGAAUAAAUUUUCAGUAUGCCAGGUUAAACCUCUCUUUACUUGAACAUGCUGAUCCAGCUUUCUUCAAAACCCUAGAAAUAUGUGAAUUCUGAAUUAUACCUAAAAUAGUAUGAUUCAGUUAGUCAAAAUGGACUUAGGACUGUAACACAUAACAAGCUUGAUUCCCCUCAUCUUAAGCUUUUUAAAGGGAAAAUUUCUUCAGUGCCAACAUACUGUGAAAUCUUUGUAAAUGAGAAGCAGCACUCAGUAUGCACACAGAAAAUAUGAGAGACGUAAAGUGCCAGUCUUCUCUGAGUGUGAUGGAUCAAGUACUAUCUAUUAGUUUUCUUCAAAUAAUGUAUGAACACUAGUUAUGAAAGAACUAGUUAUGAAAGAACAAAUGAUACACAAAAUCCCCAGUACGUGUUUGAAGUACUUUGACAUUCAUGUUACAGGGGUGUAAGGCAUAUAAUGCACCUGGUUUGGUAAUACAGAGUGACAUAAUAGAUACUGAUGGCAUCUCACAUUUAAAACUGGGCACAUACUAUUUUGACUUCAAAGAUAUGACUUGGUGGACGAUCUUGCAGCAUGGUUAUAGGGUAUCUGAGCUAUAUUUUUAUGUACGGCAUUUUGAGACUAUAUAGUUUCAGCCUGUAGAAUAUUAUGAAAGACAUUUGUUGUGAUCCUGUCGUUUGGCAGAGUUUAGGUGCCUUAAAUUCAGAACCGCAACAAAAAGCUAACUGUUCAGUGUGCCAUUAACAAUGCAGAUACUUAUACUUGUUAGGCACCUCUCUGUUUAGUCUGGCAACUUAUCAAUGCUAAUGUAAUAUAAAAUACAACAGGGAAAGGAAGAAAGGACUAGGAUUCAGUACUCCCUUUGUUAUCCAAGCUGCAGACUCCUGUUCCCUUAGGCUAUCCUGCUGACAUACUACAGAUCUUGCUGCACAGUGGAGCAGCAUCAGUAGCAGGAGGAGGUUUUCUCACCCCACCGAUUUGAGAUUGCCCAGACUAGUCUGAAUGUGGAUUUCCAGAAUGAGUGGCAGAUUAUCAGGCACAGCCACAGUCACGUUUUAUUGCAUGUAAACAACUCUGAGAGCAUGAACAUGAGAGGCAAGCUAGCUUCUCCAUGGACUUCAUGUAACAUUGUUAAAAACUGGAGGUAAUGACCACAUGUGUGUCAGCACU